UGAGGCAAAGUGGGGAUAGUAGCGUGGGGGUUCCCCUGGGAGGGGGAGACCCAGUUAUAGAAAGGGGGCGCCGGGUCCAGGGAGGGAUGCCGGGGCCUGCGAACAGGCGGGUCACCAGCCUGCCGCGGGCGCUCCAGGGCAGAACUGCGGGAAAUUCAGAGCCCAACCAGCAGGAGGCGCGGCAGCGGUCAAUCCAGCAACAGACACAGACAUGGCUCUGAGGGGACCCUGCCCUGUGCUCCUGCUGACCCUCGCCCUGCUGGCUGCCUCUGUGGCUCUGACCCUCGGACACAGGUGGAACCCACUGAAUGACAUGUUCCAGAAAAACCAUGUGGACUCCCCCAAGACCGUCGCCACCAACAACAACGCCUAUUGCAACAAGAUGAUGUGGGACCGGGUGCUGUACUUGAAAUACAGCAACACCUUCAUCCAUGCGGAGGAAAAGGAUAUCAGAAAAGUCUGCACAACGGCUGGGUUAUCCGCCGGGCCCUACCAGUACGAGAGCAAGAAUCCCUUCAGCAUCACCAUCUGCACAUUGAACCCCUGGGGCUUCUCUUACACCGGGACCAGCGCAUCACAAAAAAUCGUCAUCACCUGCUUGAAUCGUCUCCCUGUUUUCUAUGUGAAGAGCAUAUAGGGCCAGCGCUAGGCAUGGAGGGCAGGCAGGGGACCCUGCUGCUUCCUCCCAUCUGGCUCCGGCUCCUUUGUGACAGUCACCACACAAAGGAGGUGGCUCCUCACCUAACUCUGAACACAGGUCAAACUGUACAGGACAAAUUUCCUUCCCUCACCCUCUGCUGCCCCUAGUGCCCAUUAUACAGUAUAGCCACCCCUUCCCCACCCCCACCUUCUGCUGCCCCUA